AUGUGGACGACACUGCUUCAGAUGGGUGAGCUCGUGGACACCGCCAAUCGUGUUUACGAUCCGACUGAGACUCGUAUUUUCGUUACGCACGCAUCGCCCGCACGCGAAGGCAUUUUGAAUCAGUUGUCGGUGACUUUAAAGGCUGAUUUUUCUAUUUCGGCCGGCCUCCAUUUCCGCUAUGGUAGUUCAUACAACGAAUUCAGCGUUAAUCCGACUCUCGAUCAUUACCGCGGCAAGCUUGCAGCGAGCAAAGCCUCAUUCAACGAUGUCUGGGAAACGGUCAAAAACGAGGUAGAGCCGGCUAUCCAGCAAAACGAAGCACAGCAAAACCUGCUGAAGAAUGCCCUUGGUAUCGUGGAAAAGAUGCCGACAACGGCAGCCGGCGGCAAUCCGUUCGGCGGAUCUGCUGCAGGCCCACCUGCCCUUGGACAGGUUGACGAAAGCGCAUUCAAAAACAUGUGGAAUUUUAACCUCGCGGAUGCUGCGUUUGGCUACCUUGCCCUGGAAAUACAAGACGGGCGCAUUGGUACGGAGAUGCGCGCCCAAGGCUUCAACUUCUCCCAUCGCGGAUCAGCAAUCGUCUAUUUCGAUGUCGCAAAAGCUACCGGCUUCGCAAACGCAACAGCAGGUCCCAGUGUCUAUAUCCCACUCUAG